AUGAAGUUCACAGCGGUGCUUCUCUGCCUCGUCGGUGCUGCUUGGGGCGCGGAGCCUCAACGGCGAGACACUACCACCAGCGAGAGCGGAUUCAAUAUUGCCUCGCUAUCCAGCGAACUUGCACAUAUCACCGCCAAUGCCACCUCCGGGGCGAAUUUCGCCAACAUCUCGCCGCCGCCAAAAUCCCUCAUCGGCGAGAUCAUCUCGGUGGUCCCCAUGACGGUGAUCUGGGAGCUCAUCGAUCCACAAUCGCGCAGCUCGCUUGCCAGCGAGUUCAGCGCCGGUACGACGCCGACCUGGUACGGCAGUCUUCCGUCCGACGUGAAGAGCUACAUGUCCGUUGUGCGAUCCCAGAUCAAGGCAGGCGUGCUGACCCAGACGACGACCCCGACGACCGGCACGAACGGUGCCUCGCAAACGGAGGCCGCGCAAGCCACUGGCGCGACGUCGACCUCGAGCGGACUGGCACCGGCGCAGGCGACCGGAUUGACCGCGUCGGUGGUCGGGGCCUUGAGCGUUCUCGGGUUGGCCCUAGCGUUGUAG